CGUUCCUCAUCGGACGAGCACUGCACGCGUAGAUUGAAUACCACGGCCAGUGGAAGUGACAGGCUGCCCUAGACCAAGUUGAAAAAAAAAUUCCGUUGUGACAGCGGCCAGUCGCCGACAAGUUGAGACACUCCGGAAGCUCGCCGCCCUUUCUUUCAAUUGUACGGCGGAUCACGGCCGCUAGGGAACCGGCCACUCACUAUUCAUGAGUCUGGCAUUUGGCAGUUAGCUUGCGACGGCUUGAGCAUCAAAAGAAAGUACAAGCCGUCCGGCUCAUCCUAUGCCGUGCUUGGUGGCAGAGACCUCCAUAUGCCGCCCCUCCGCAGGAUCAACUCGUGCACCGAUCUCGGCUUCACUCUUCGAACGCGGUUUGGCAAGGAUGCCUUCAGGUUCGGGAACCUUUUGGCCGGGAGUUCACAUCGGCAUUGAUUAUACUAAUCCUGUGUAAAUUAGGCCAUUUCAGCGUGAAAUUAUAGAGGCAGCACUUAGCGGCUAUGAUGUUUACGUGCAAGCGGCCACAUCGUUUGGCAAAAGUCUGUGCUUCCAGCUACCAGCAGUAAUCGACCAUGGAAUUACUCUUGUUAUAUCGCCGCUACUGAGUUUGAUGAUCAAUCAAGUAGGAGCGCUGAGAAGUGCUGGGAUUGAUGCAAGCUCAUUAAAUAGCACAACUCCCUUUCAAGAAAAAGAGAGAAUACACCGAGAUUUGGAAACUGGACAUCCUAGAACACGACUGCUUUAUGUAACCCCUGAGCUGUGCUCCACGCCCAGCUUUCGGGAGCGACUACAGCUCGUUUAUAAACAAAAGGAGUUUGCCAGGAUUGCAAUUGAUGAAGCACAUUGCAUAUCAGAGUGGGGUCACGACUUCCGCAAAGAUUUCAAAAAGCUAUCAUGGUUUCGCGAAACAUUUCCGGAUGUCCCGAUCAUGUGUCUGACAGCGACGGCGAAUCCGCAAGUCAGAGAUGACAUUGUGCGUGUGCUUGGCUUAGACCCGAGCCCGGAAAAGACCAAAACCUUUCUCAUGAGCCCACAAAGAGGCAAUCUUCAUCUCGAAAUUCGUUACACCAGGGAUGAGGAUGACAAUAGGCUUGCUGAUUUUGUUGACUGGCUUCGGGACGUCUAUGGACGUAGACGUAUGGAGCCGCGCAAAAGCGAGCUUCAGGAGCUAGGGGAGCGGCCUGAGAGCGUCCCGGGAAUAAUAUACACCAUUUCGAGGGAUGAGUGUGAAUCAUUAGCCGCAGCACUGAGAAACGAAGGUAUUGGCGCGCGGCCAUUCCAUGCGAAGCUAGCCAAAGAGGUGAAAGAAGACACUCUGAACCGCUGGAUAGCCAAUGAACCAGGCUACGAUAUUAUCGUGGCUACAACUGCCUUUGGGAUGGGAAUUGAUAAGAAUAACGUUCGUUUUGUGGUACAUUGGCGCAUCCCCAAAUCCUUUGAAGGUUACUACCAAGAGGCUGGUAGGGCGGGUCGAGAUGGCAACGCCAGCUACUGCUUUUUAUACUACAGCCGAGAAGAUUUGGAGCGAGUCCAGCGUAUGGUCAAAGGUGAUCGCAGCGCCAACUUGAAUAGUGAUGUACGAAUGCGAAGUUUGCAAGCGUUGGCAGUCUAUUGCGAAAAUACGUCGUCCUGUCGUCACGCUGAGAUUUGCCAAUACUUUGGCGAAGCUGCCGCCCCAGCCGCGUGCGAUUAUGCCUGUGACUGGCAUAAAGAUGCAGAAAACUUGAAGGAAAGAUUUCGCCAAGGAUUGGCGAGCGAGGAAUGGGUUAGCACACAGGCCAUGCAAGGCACAUAUGACUGCUAUUAUGACUAUUGAAUGACUAGCUGUAAAUACGAGGUCGUGUUUACAUGUAAUUAAUGAUUCUUCUUCGUGUGUUCUUUGUCAGCCUUCUUGUUCUCAACGAGAGCUCCAAAUCGACGCCAAGCCGCAACACCCUCAGUGAAAACGCUACACUCCCACAGCCACCAAACAGUUGACCAACGUUCAACCCCAUGGCGGUGCAUCCUCCAAGAGUCAAAGAGGAAGCAUUCGCCAAAGUGAAUACCGAGAACUGGAACAAUUAGAACCUUGACGAGCCAGGUGAACGAACUAAGGCCGCCAGGGAAGUAUUGAUUGACAAGGCUGCCAUAAAGGGUGGUUGGGACAAUCCACGGUAGAGAAAGCACGUUGACAAAGUAAAACGAUACGGCUGUGAAGACAACCCAGUCAGCUCCACUUGGCGGUAAAUAUUGAUUGACAUAAAUAUCGCUGAUAUUGAGUGCUUUACGAGCAUCAGCGUCCAUAUCCACCAGACGCUGCCGGACCUGAUCCCAGGACUUGAGCACAGGGGUAAAAGGCACCGUGUGAUUGAGGCCACCGGCAAGGAUACGCAUCGACUCAAGAGAAAUGUCUCUCAUGGAGGCAUUUUUAGUGUGGCUUGCCUUCAGACCAUUGUAGUGUUGGAGAAUGUGACGGAGCUCGCGCGUGUGCUCCCGAUUCAUAUGGGAGAUGAUACGCUCCUUGCGAGCGUUCUCGUCUUGGACUUCAACAGAUGGAGCCAUGAUGACAGGUGAUUAAGAGUAGCGGCAAUUAAAAAUAACGAGGACGAACUGAAACACAAGUGAAGCGUGAUCGGUGGAUUUGGUGUCAGCCUAAAGUUCAACGGCAGAGUAGCAGCGAGGUUUUAGAUGAUGUUGUAGCGGCGUCGUUGGAGGAGCGGGGAGAGCGACUGAAGCGCAUGUGGGCAUGUUGCUGCGGUACACCAGGGACCUACCUGCAUGGGGUAUCGACCAGUGACACGUACAGCUCUAGAAUAAGUAAAUUCUUCUCUCAGAGUCGCAAUUAAACGGCAAUUAAAUGCAAUUAAAAUGUAUUUGAUUACAUUUUAAAGCGAGAUGUAAAUAUGGAGCUUGCAAUUG